UUCGAUUAGAGGGGGGGGGGAUAAGGGGUUAUUUACUACAUUAGGCGUACGUUCCUAUCUGUCCUGCAUUACUUAUACCGUGCUGUGUACCUAUAUACGAACAAACGACACACUCACAUGCACACUCGAAUAGGCAAUCGAACCUGCCUGCCAUUGGUAGCUGCACAAUAAAUUUCGAGAGCCCACCGCCCACCUCGUUGCCUAAGGAGCAAGUCACGGGAGGUAACCUAACAUAGCACGGGUCGUUUGCACACAACAACUUAUUCAAUAAGUUAUUUUUUUCUUUAGCAGCGGGAGUUCUAGGGUCACGCCGUAAAGCCCUAAUCAUUGUGACUUUAUUUCAACCGCCACGUCUAUUUAUUAUUCGGAUACGGUUCUAGUUUCAUCGCACAUCCGACAAAAGGACUGCAAUACCUAAUAACCAUCACUCCUUUGUCCACGCUAUCUCGAUACGCGAUACUCGAUAUUUGAUACGCGAUAUUUGUUACUCUUCAUACAUUUCUUCGCGAGUCUUCACGAGUCUUCACUACUCACCAUGUCGACCCAACCUACCGAGACAAUGGGUUCAUCUGUCGCAACCACCAUCCCGACUGCUUGCGAGAGCAAGGGUGACGGCGGUGCAGAAGCCCCUUCCUACACUCUGGUCUAUACCAUUCUUUGCCUGCUCCCUGUUCUCUUUGUCGUGGUUGCUACCUACUUCCGUGACAGAGAGACCACGGCUCACGCGUUCCUGUUGAAGGGCCUUCGCAUGUUUGCCAUUAGAUUUGGCUGCAUCGUCAUCGGCAUCUUCUCCAUGCCCAUCCUCUGCCUCCACUACGUCGACAAGUACUAGGGUUCCUGGUCGACUAUCAUCUUCGGCCGCCGUCGCAACGCCGGAGAUCUCGAAGGCGCUCAGGAGAAUACCAACGACGUGAGCGACUUGGAUCUUGACGAUGAUGACGAUGACGACGCCGACCUUGAGAUUGGCGCUCCGACCGACGACUUUAAGGCUGGCCAGUGUACCCCGAAGGAGGGAGUCGAGGUGGAUGUUGACGCGAUGGGCAAGCAGGUGAAUGAGAAGCUGGCAGAUAUCAAAGAUCAGCAGUGAAUAUGAGGGUUUUUGCAAUGCUGUUACUAGGCCUUAAUUGAGGAGGGAAAAGGGCAGGCAUUAGGACGCGUUUGUGGCCUCCUAUUAGGAAGGCAAAUAAUUGCCCAGGCGUUGAGUUUUUCCGCUUUGUUUUCUUUGAUAUAACAAGGGUGUGGUUCGUUGAUUUAAUACGAUGACUGGCUGGCUGGUUGGCGGCAGGACGAGACGGAAGGCACAUGUAUUCACGACACUCGACUCUGACAUGGAUCGCCACACACUCUCGUGCUUUAAUAAUAGUUUCUCCCCGGAGAGGGAUCACGGUUCUCUGGUUUUCCUACUCUUCUGAGAGGUUGCCUUUCUACUGUUGACCUUUCCCCCAAGGGUUAUGGCUGGCUGGUUGAAUCACAUUUGCGUUGCGAAGGUACGGUUGUUGCUCGGUUCUAAAACUCUAGGACUGUUUUUUUUUGGUAGUUAGGAGGCAGAUGGAUUAAUAGUACGGAAAAGAGAUCU